AUGAACGGCGCCAAAAAGGACGUUGCGACGGUGCACGUUCCGAUCGAGCCGUCGGGCGCCAAUCCGACGGGGACCAUCCACUUUAGUCAGGGACUGCUUCCCUCCUCCUGUUGGCUCGUCGUUCCCGCCUCCACUUUUGUGCAUCCGCAAGUGCCGGUCCCGCAGAUUCAGGUCAUGAAUUCUGUCGAUUAUAUGGUUGGUUUUUGCGGAUUUCCGACGCCCUCGUUUCGACGAAAUGUCGCAUUUUAACCAACUUCUGCUCAAAAUCGGUUGAUUUUAUGCGCGAAAGUUGUUAAAGCUUCCAGAAAAUCAUCGAAAUCGCUUGUUCGGAUCUGGCGCUGACGGUCAAAUUGAAGCAUCUGAAGAAGAAGAAUUCGACGGGAACCGGGACUGCUAGGGACUACAUGGACGCCAUAAAAGGUACGUCGAUGUUUGCCAAAGAAAUACUUAACACGGUCUCCCAGGGCGCCGCUAAUGAUAAACACAGUGCGCUCGUAAAUUGCGGAGUGUCGUUGUAACUUUUGAAAAUUUGCAGCUCUAAAAAUGGAGUUCAAUUCGAGUUUACGACCUUUAUUUCUAUCUUUUUGACUUGAAAAAAACGUCUAGAAAACGCUAUUUUACUGAUUGGAAACCGUUCUUUACAGAAUUUAGAGUUGUUUUUCAUGUUUUUAGCGUCUUUUUCGCAUUUCGUCAAAACUUCAAACCUUUAUAUUUCAGCUCAUUUUGCAUUUCAUGAGCCCAACGAACGAUAAAAAUGUUCGCUGAAUCUUUCUUCACAAAAUUCAGGUUCCAGCGGUUAGUUUUCUUGAACAGUUUUCGAAAACUAUUCGAAAAACAUCAAAAUCCCGGCCAAAACCUUCAAAUCGAAAUAACUCGGCUAAUUCUCAACGAUAUGCGAGAUUUCUGUUACCAAAACGUAGCUAGUGCUUUGAUUAUUCGAAUCCAGGCUCCAGGCGUACAAAAAAUAGGUGUAUUGUACAGAAAACAUAGAAGGAACGCGAACUCCCGUUGAAAAUUAGUUAAUCGGCCACCGCGUAAAUCGACACAGCCCGCCUGUUGCAAGUGCGCCCCAUUGAAAUCAUUCGCGCCGUGGGAGACCGUACUUAAACUGAAGAAAAACAAUGUGUUGCAGAGCAAAUGGACCGUAACCGUGCGUACGCGAUGCUCUCGGGCGGUCCCUCGCCGUCGCACUCCCUCUCGCCCAUUUCAAUGUCUCCGCGGGCUUCCAACGAUCGUUGA